GCAAGAUGGCGUCAGACGAGGAACCCGACUCUCCCUCAGAAGCCCUUCAGACAGCUCAAGCAGAGGAGGAAACGAAAACAUUUAAAGACCUGGGUGUGACAGAUGUAUUGUGUGAAGCUUGUGACCAGUUGGGAUGGGCAAAGCCCACCAAGAUCCAGAUUGAAGCUAUUCCUAUGGCCUUGCAAGGUCGUGAUAUCAUUGGGUUGGCAGAAACGGGAUCUGGAAAAACAGGUGCAUUUGCUUUGCCCAUUCUGAAUGCACUGCUGGAGACUCCCCAGCGAUUGUUUGCCCUGGUCCUCACCCCUACUCGAGAGUUGGCCUUUCAGAUCUCUGAACAGUUCGAGGCCCUGGGGUCAUCCAUUGGAGUGCAGUGUGCUGUCAUUGUUGGUGGAAUUGAUUCAAUGUCUCAGUCACUAGCGUUGGCCAAAAAACCACAUAUAGUAAUAGCUACUCCUGGACGACUGAUUGACCACUUGGAAAAUACCAAAGGCUUCAACUUAAGAGCCCUUAAGUACUUGGUCAUGGAUGAAGCAGACCGGAUACUGAACAUGGAUUUUGAGACAGAGGUUGACAAGAUCCUCAAAGUGAUUCCCCGAGAUCGGAAAACAUUUCUUUUUUCUGCUACCAUGACCAAGAAGGUGCAAAAACUUCAACGUGCAGCUCUCAAGAACCCUGUGAAAUGUGCUGUUUCCUCUAAGUACCAGACUGUUGAGAAACUGCAGCAAUAUUACCUUUUUAUUCCCUCUAAAUUCAAGGAUACCUACCUGGUUUAUAUUCUCAACGAAUUGGCCGGCAACUCCUUUAUGAUAUUCUGUAGCACCUGUAACAACACACAGAGAACAGCUUUGCUACUCCGAAAUCUCGGGUUUACCGCCAUCCCCCUCCAUGGACAGAUGAGUCAGAGCAAGCGUCUUGGAUCCCUUAAUAAGUUUAAGGCGAAGGCACGGUCCAUUCUCCUAGCGACUGAUGUCGCCAGCAGAGGUCUGGACAUACCCCAUGUGGAUGUAGUCGUCAAUUUUGACAUCCCGACUCAUUCUAAGGAUUAUAUCCAUCGAGUAGGACGGACUGCCAGAGCUGGGCGCUCCGGGAAGGCCAUUACUUUUGUAACACAGUAUGAUGUGGAACUCUUCCAGCGCAUCGAGCACUUAAUUGGGAAGAAACUGCCUGUCUUUCCGACACAGGAUGAGGAGGUCAUGAUGCUCACAGAACGUGUGAGCGAAGCCCAGAGAUUUGCCCGGAUGGUAUGCUGCGGCUGCUCUCAGUGGCCUCUGAUGAGCUUCCCUGUGCCUUCAUCAUACACUGGAUGUUUUGUCCAGAGUCGAGGCUGGCCACAUUCUCCUCCAGUGUUUAUGUGUCAUGCUCCCCACCCCCACCCUGCCCCACCUCCCUCUAAAGGUCAAUCUCAAUGUCAGAAGUCUAGCUGUGGUUACAGUGAGCUUGGGCAUUUUGCCUCACUUCUCAGAGCCAGUUCCUCACCUAUAUAAUGUUUGCCUUGAAUACCUUCUGUGUACUGUGAACACCAGACAAACUUAUGUGAACCACGAGUCUAGUAGGGGUAGUGAGUGGCAGUAGCAGCAUGAGAGAAGAUACUAGGGGGAACCCUGGAAGUGUGUAUCCUUCCUGGAGAGAACUCUGAAGUGUGGAGGAACUUUUUUUUUUUUUUUUUUUUUAAAUAACUGAGAUACAGUCUUGCUGUGGUUUUCUGCUACAUGGAAUUUAUGUGUGAGUUUUUGUUUAUAAAAUUGCUAUCUGUUGUGGGGAAGAAAGGUAGAUGACACUGAAGAAUGACGUACAGUUGUCCUUUGACCUGCAUGUGCACACACAGAGAAAUGAGCACACACAUGCACACAACUGCUACCUGUAGUUAAGUAUAAUGGCGUAUACCUAUGAUCCUAGCACUUUUGAAGCUGAGUCAGGGGGAUCACUGAGAGUUUUAGGCCAGAUCUGUGCCUGGGGAGAAAUUUCACAAAGUAUAGAAAGAAUUAAAAUAGUAGCUGACGGGGUAAACCAGGCCCUAGGGAGAACCAUUGAGGGCAUCAGCUAGUUUUUUGGUGUUUAGCCAUAGUUAGAACUUACCUAAUUAGAUGUUACUAUCAUUUUUGUGUUUCACCAAAUAUAAAUCCAUAGGAUUUUUUUCCAGUUUUACCCACCUGUCUGCCAUCUGACAUUUUUGCUAUUAUUAGAUUUUUGAGGCAAGGUUUUGCUGUGUAGCUCAGGCUGGCCUUGCACUUGCUGUGUAGCCCAGGUUGCUCUUGAACUCGUGUCCAGCCUCUUGCUUCAGCCUUGCAAAUGCUGGGGUUUCAGCUGUGCCUCACCAGGUCCAGCACAUGGAAUCUUUCUCUAAUGGCUGCACCGCAUGCAUGGAACACAGUUUACACUGAGGAAGGUUUGUGUUCUCCACUCUAACUAGAGCUGUGUUGAGUAUCCUAGUAUGUAUGUAUACCUUGGCUUAUUUCCUUAAAGGAGACUUCUAGAAGUGAGAGUGACCAAGGAGUAUAUCUGCAGUCAGAGUGUAAAUUCAUACAGGAUGCCUGAGUAUCCCUUAGAAAAGCUGCAGCGGGUCAUAUGACCUCAUCUGUGCCAGUCUUACUUCUUGUUCACGCUUUGGUCUCUGUAUGAGGUCAGCGUUUCUGCUCUUUUGGAGUUGAUUCUUAGCCUUUGUGGGUAAAGAGAGGGGCGCGGGGGGGAUGCUGUUAACUCAGGUU